UUUACGAAACGACAGUGCUGUGUGUGUGUAUCAAUUAAAGUGUUUUUCUUUCGAUCACCGCAACUAUUUAUUUAUUAGUUUUUACUAAAAAUUUCUUUUUAUUCACAAGAAGCUGAUAAAAUGUCGGACAAAGCGUCGAACAGUCAGGCACAGCCUAUUGUCAAGAUAGGACAUUACACUCUAGGCGCUACCCUGGGCGUCGGGACGUUUGGGAAGGUGAAAAUUGGUGAACACGUACUCACAAAGCACAAGGUGGCUGUGAAAAUUCUCAAUCGACAGAAGAUUAAGAGCUUAGAUGUGGUGGGCAAGAUUCGCAGGGAGAUCCAAAACCUCAAGCUUUUCCGACACCCACAUAUCAUUAAAUUGUAUCAGGUCAUAAGUACUCCAACAGAUAUAUUUAUGAUUAUGGAAUAUGUGUCUGGGGGCGAGCUAUUUGAUUAUAUUGUCAAACACGGCAAACUCAAAGAAUAUGAGGCAAGGAGAUUUUUUCAACAAAUCAUCUCUGGAGUCGACUACUGCCACAGGCACAUGAUAGUGCACCGUGAUUUGAAGCCUGAAAAUUUACUUUUAGAUCACAACCUUCAUGUCAAAAUUGCAGAUUUUGGUCUAUCAAACAUGAUGAUGGAUGGAGAGUUUUUAAGAACCUCAUGUGGAUCUCCAAAUUAUGCUGCUCCUGAAGUUAUUUCAGGAAAGUUGUAUGCUGGUCCAGAAGUUGAUAUUUGGUCUUGCGGGGUCAUAUUGUACGCUCUUCUCUGUGGAACAUUACCUUUUGAUGAUGAACAUGUUCCGACGUUAUUUCGCAAAAUUAAAGCUGGGGUUUUUCCUAUUCCUGAGUACCUUAACAAGUCUGUGGUGAGCCUGCUGUGUCACAUGUUGCAAGUUGAUCCCAUAAAGAGGGCAACGAUAGAAGAUAUCAAAAAACACGACUGGUUCCAAAAAGAUCUACCCACGUACCUGUUUCCUUCCCCUGUGGAGCAAGACACAUCGGUAAUUGAUAUCGAUGCUGUGAAUGAAGUUUGUGAGAAAUUUAAUGUAAAAGAAGCAGAAGUCCACGCGGCCUUGCUCAAUGGUGAUCCCCAUGAUCAGUUAGCUAUCGCUUAUCACCUAAUAAUUGACAACAAGCGAAUAGCCGAUGAAGCAGCUAAAGCUGAGAUGAAAGACUUUUAUGUUGCAUCAAGCCCACCUCCUGUGGCUUUCAGUCCCAGUGAAGCGAGUGGCAGUCCUCUCAAGCCACACCCUGAACGAAUAGCGCCCCUUCGAGAGAGACAGGGUUCUCUAAGCAGUACACCCUCACAAUCAUCGGGUAACCGAGGCACACCAGUUAAGAGGGCAAAGUGGCAUUUAGGGAUAAGGUCGCAAUCAAAACCUCACGACAUUAUGAACGAGGUUUAUCGUGCCAUGAAAGCUUUGAAUUUUGAGUGGAAAAUUAUUAAUCCGUACAGCGUGCGAGUGCGUUGCAAAAACAAGGUAACGGACAGGUACAGCAAGAUGUCUUUACAGCUUUACCAAGUAGAUUACAAGAGCUACCUGUUAGAUUUUAAAUCCUUGUCCAGUGAGGAGUCUGAAGAUAUAUCUACAGACGCUGCUGCACCUCCUACACAGCCAACAGGGCACCACUCAAUGGAGUUCUUUGAGAUGUGCGCUGCAUUGAUAACGCAGCUGGCGCGGUAGAAAUCAAUCAACGAUCGAAAUGGAAUGCUUGCAGUUAUUUUUGUCAAAUUGAUGAAAAAAAAAUGUUAAGAGAGCGAUCGUUGCUUAUGACGCAGGCUGGGUCAUUUUACUCCUGUAAUGUAAAUAAUUCAAAGACAAACAAUAGCCUUAUGAUUCUUGGUUGUCACGGACGACGUUGUACAUUACGCGCGCAUACCUAUAAUGAUCAUAGUUAAGGCCGUAAAAUCGGAAGUCAAAGCGUAGAGCGCGAUUUUUUCAAUAUAUUACACACACACACGCGCGCGCGCGCGCGCACACACACACAUGCAUACAUAAAUUAACAUGACGUCGACUUCCGAGGCAAAUGUCUAAUUUACCAACGAACUGUAGUGUAUUUAAUUAUUGUGGCUUGUGGAAUGCGUUGUUAUUGGAUACCUGAAUAUGUAAGUCAAGUAUUACUUUGAAAUAAACUAAAAUCACAAAAAAAUGUUAAAUACCAAUUGUUGAGUAAAAAAAAAAUUA